AUGGCACUCAGUGUUCCUCACAGUCUCUCUCUCUCUCUGUCUCUCUCUCUCUCUGUCUCUCUCUCUCUCUCCAGACAGGAUGUAGCUCAGACCUCCAUCGCUGUGGCCCAGAAAGAGGGCGGAGCUCUCCGCAUCAUCAAAAAGGACAACAUCGUUCGGAAAAGACAAUCCUCAUCCAAACCUACUGGCCCCAGCAACAGAGAAGCAGAGAGCUCGGUGUGUGUUCAGACAAACACUACAGCCGGUUACCUGCAGGCCGUGGACUCGGCCGGGACCCCCCUGUGUCUGUCCUGCCAGAAGCCCAGCGGGGAGCACCGCGGCUGGGCAGGAGGCUUCUGCAGCCCUGCCUGUAUGGAGGACUUCCAGCUGCGCUCCAAUCAGGGCUACAUGUGCACCGGUGUGCUGGGUGUGUGUCAGCACUGUGGUCUCGACGCCCACCAGCUGUACGUGCAGGUCCGGGACGCCCCGCACACACCGCAAGGAGAUCCUGGACAACACCGGCUUGCACAGCUCCCUCUCAAACAGCUGAAUGAAAUGAUUCAAUGUCCCGUUGAAGGACAGUUCUGGCAGGUGGACCACAUUAACCCCGUGUACAGAGGAGGAGGACCGUGUUCCCUCCAGAACCUUCAAACCCUGUGUACCGUCUGCCAUCGGAUGCUACAAGGACCGCAGAGCAAGCCAAAGACAGAAGUCGGAUGAAACGAGACCAAGCCGCCUCCAGACUGGCCUCUGACAUCACACGAGUCUUCGUCAAGAAAUGAGCCGCUCCGUCUGCAACUAUUAAAAACCACCGAUCCAGAGCUGUUGGCUUGGAGAUGACCCGCCUGCCUUUUCCAUGUCAGAGGCGUUAUUUACCAACAUCUGCCGAUUUUGAGGAUUGUAAUUUAGCCGAUUGGCUAGCUGUUUAUAAUCACUGCUCUCAGCAAGAGAAAAAUAACAUCGAUCUUCGAUGUGUUCGACCAUAAAUUAAAUAAAGUCAGUAAAUAAA